AUGAAGGAGGAAGUGGAAAAGAAGAAAGAUACUCUCGUGUACUUCUCGCGUGAAAUCACCGUUCUCACCGUUAUUGCUUUCGUUCGUUCAACUGACCUUCAUGAGAAUCUCACGGAAGGGCGAGUUUCACGAGAGAAUAUGGGUGCACGUGGCAUCGAUCGCUGUUUGACCGAUUUGUUAAUUAAAACAAAUGAAUUAUUAGAAAAUGAAUAUUUUUUGGAUUAUUUAUUGAAUGAUCCGCCAAAUUUUGAUUGGUCAUUGCUAAUGAAGUUUUCAACUGUGACGAAGGAAAUUGGCGAAAAUAGAGCCAUGCAUGCAAAUCGAAUUCAGCGAAAAAUCGCUUUCAGUGCUUUCAAAACUUUAUUGUCGCAUCAAUUAACUGUUCAUCAUAUAAAAGGAGCAUUCAACAGCAAAGACUUGUCUUUAUCGCAAGCCAACUCUCUUAUUUCCAUUCUUAAUUUGCAUACGAGUUAUUUCGCUUCGUCAGAUGUUGGAAAUGAUGCAUUGGAAUUGCUUUUGCGAAUAUUGCAAACAUACACUUUAGUUGACGUAGAAGUUCAUCAUCUCCGCAGUAAUAGUAUUUGGGAUUGUGCGUCAAAUAUUUAUGGUCGUACUUUGGAUAAAGGUGAACAACCAAUAAUUCUUUUGAUCUGCGCUCAGAUAAUGCUUUCUGCGAUAAGUCUUUCGUAUUCUACUGUAUUUAUGCAUCGCUGUGAAAAACUUAUCGAGGAAAUAACAACGAUGAUUCGAAAAGCAAUCAGUUCAUUCAAUAAAAUUGCAAACAAUGGCAAACUUUGUGGUACAUUAUUUACUAUUGCCAGUACCGUUAUGGAAAAAUUUGGUACAUUUUCUGAUCUUACGAAUUUAUUGUCAGUUAAUAUAUCGCUUAUAUGGAAAAGGCAUGAAUUGAUGGAUGUCAAUGAAUCUUUUUUCAAUCUCAUAAAUAAUUUUAUCAUACUGUGUUAUCCAAAUUGCGUAAUUUCUUUAUGCCCAGUAAUUAUUGAUUCUGUUUUAAACGCAGUAAUUAUAUCCGUGAAAGAUUACAUCGAUCAGUUCCGUCUACCUGGGAAAUUUAUAUAUAGAAAAAUUCCUGUGCCGAAGCUGAAUUCCAGUGCUUAUUCAUUAAUUUGUCGUAGUAUCACAUUGAUUCACUUAUUUGAUUCACUUCCAUUUAUUUCUGCUGCUAAAAGAUGUCGCACAUCAUCUUUUUUAUCGUCCUUAAUCGAAAGCAACGUCGAGCCUGCGUAUAAAAUUGCAGAAACCAUUUUUAAUCGAUGGCGGCAAUGUUUUUCGAUCGAUUAUAAGCAAGAAAUUCUCAAAAUUCUACUCGAGCUUUCAGUUAGUAUUGAAAGCGAAGAAUUGUUUUGUUGUCAUAUGCGCACUGUUCUAUCUAUUGUUGACAAUGAUAGCGAAAACUUGCUAACUAAAGACCUUUGUAACGACUUAUGGAAAUUUUCAUUGUCGAUGCUUCAUUUCCCUCGUGUAUCUGAUGCCGCUGCUCGCCUUAUUUCAGUUAUUGCAGUACCAUGUGCAAAAAUAUUGUCACUUAAUGACCUUAGUUUGACUGAAUCAAUUGUGGCCAGUGUAGCUCGACUUAAUUCAUUUUCUUCAGACUUAGUGAAAUUACUCGCGGUUAUUAUCAGUAAUAUCAGUAACUUCGAUAUCGACGAGAGAAGCUCGUUUAGAUUAAAUGCUGAACUAAUGCUCUGGGACGUAAAGUGGCCGAAACAGUGGCGAUUUCGCUGUGAAUUACUAGACUUCCUUAUAAGCCCGAAUUCAAUCCGUUCGCUGUGCCCAGAAGCAUUGUUACAUAUUUUGAACUAUAAUCCAUCAUAUAUUUUAUCGAGAGAGGAAAAAAGUAUCAAUGAACUAGAACGUUCACUGAUGAAAUUGUUGGUUAUCGAACAAAAACAUGUUAAAGAAUGCGAUCAAAUUCAAACUGCUAUCGGCAACUCAGUUUUUGUCGUGCCGGAAAUAUUGAAUUCAUUGAUUAAAAUAUUGAAAAAAUUAUGGAGUGAUGUAAAAGAUGGGGGGUCUAAAAUUCGAGAAAUUAUACGGUUGGAAAUCUGGGUCUUCUUACAUCUUCUUUGUGGAGCAGUGCGAAAAUACGACCCUAAUUCACUCAGUUUGAAUAUUAUUGUUGAGUAUCUUGCUUCAUUAGACGAUGAAAUCAUGUUGAUAAUACAAUCUGCUACCGAAAUAGUAAAAGUGCUUGAAUUAAUAGAAGAUUGGGUGUUUGUUUCAAAUUCCAUACGAUAUGCAAUUUAUGAUAAAUAUACUUUAUUGCCGGAAUUGACACGAUUUGUCAUUCACUUUGAUUUCGACAUUGAUCCAACAUGUUUGAUUGACGAUCUGAAGAAAUAUCGCGAAUUAUUAACAAAAGGAUCAACUUUAUUGCUGGCACUACGGUAUGAUCCAGUUUGGAUGCGUGAUAAUGAAAUUUUACAAAUGACUUUGCGAGAAGGAAUUCCAGAAAUUUUAUCCUUUGUUACUUAUAAAUUACUGGAACCACCUUUGCUACAUGAUAUUCAUAUUCGUAUUUUCUCAUAUUUAAUUGACCUUGGAAGUAAUUCUCUGUAUAAAGAUCCACCUGUAACUAUAUCUAUGCCAAGUAACGCUAUAGUAAAUGGGUCAGGUCUUCUUGACACGGUGUCUGGUGCCCAUGAUGCUCCCAGCCCGGUGAUAUUCGAUAAGGAACUUCAACUAACAAUAUCUCUACCGAAAAGUGACUUGAUCGGAGGAGACUGGAAUGCACGCGCAGAUUCACGAUGCCGCCACUUGAUGGUUGGUAAAUACGGCACAGCGGUCCGAUACGAUCCAAUAUGUUCUUCGUUUUGCCGAGCAUGA